AUGUCUCGUGUUUCAUCGUCCCACCGGCCAUCGCAGGCCUCUAGCUAUCUUCGCCGCUCGACAUCAGAAAAUGAUGGCUCAUGGCUCUCUGCCCCUGGUCCAUAUCGCGACCUAAUCCGCUCGCUUUGUGCAAGUCGCCCUGACUUGAGGAGUCGCGAUGAAACGAACGAGAGUGAGUGGCCACCGACUUGCUACAAACCACGCAUCGUGGCUCUGGAGAUGCAAGGCGAUAGCGUCCACGAGCGUUUGGAGACCUCAGACCCAAGGGAACUAGACCAACACUUCCGGGAGUACAAAGCCAAGGAAAGCCCAAAGAAGCGAAUGAUAUAUCUCUUGGAAGGCCUUAAUCCUGAGUUUAUUUCCAUUCUUGGCGGACAUCUCAUGAUCCAUCCAAGUCUUUUCACCGAUCAUCUUUGGUGGAAGAGCCUUUCCAGUACAGGACAUAACAUCGAUAACAUUGCCCUGGCCAGUAGUGCACAGGACUAUAUUUGCUUCGAAUAUCCUGAAGACUUUUGGUUUAAUGAGGACGACGAUAACUCUUACCGGUCUAAUUGUCUAAAGACUGGCAGACUUACAGUUAGGAAUGACCUGGCGGGAGACUACGUGUCACUUACCGUUGAUCGCAAGUGUAGCUUUUGGUCCUCGAUGUUGUACCUCAACUUAGAAGAGCCCAGUGCCCCGGCGUUCUUUAUCGAGAAGAUAGUCCUACAACACUUCCUUCGGCAACACGAUGUACUGAAAAUCAAUAUUUUAGAUGUCCAGCAUGAAAUGGUCGACAGUGACCUAGAAAGAUUGACCCCAGCCGAUUUAGAGAUUCAGCGACACAAUGGCCACUGCGGCGAGAUCCACUUGAUAGAUAAUUGCGACAAGCUCAGUCGUGUUAUCGGCCGCCUAAGCCUGUUGAACCCUAGGAUUGUAAACAACGCAGGAUGGGGUAACAUUAAGCCAGCGGCGAAUGUCGAUGGGACUUGCUGA